CCACCACCACGACGACAAUCCUGUGCAAUGGCAAACGUCGAGAUUGCACUCCCGCUGCCCGUCCUGCCCGAGGGCUGGGCGGCCGAGAAGGACUUCAAGGCCAUCGGCCAGCUGAGCGAGGCCAACGACCGCAACAUUGAGCCUGUUGGCCCACACUUUUUGGCCUAUGCCCGCAGAAAGCGUCACAAGCGCACCUUUUCCGAGGACGACCGCAUCCAGGCCCAGGCAAACGUCAAGAGCGUCGAGGAGGAGGAUCCCGAUGACGUUGACGAGCCCGAGGACCCGCUGAUGCUGCAGCGCGAGGCCAAGGACUGGAAGUCCCAAGACCACUACGCUGUGCUCGGCAUAACCCGCUACCGAUGGCGCGCCACCGACGACCAGAUCAAGCGCGCGCACCGCAGGAAGGUGCUCAAGCAUCACCCCGACAAAAAGGCGGCCAAGGGCGGCACCGAGGACGACCAGUUCUUCAAGUGCAUCCAAAAGGCCCACGAAGUGCUGUCGGACCCUGUCAAGCGAAGGCAAUUCGACUCUGUCGACGAGGGUGCCGAAGUGGAGCCCCCGAGCAAGAAGGAGUCGCAAAAGGGCAACUUUUACAAGCUCUGGGGCAAGGUUUUCGAGGCCGAGGGCCGCUUCUCCAACCUGCAGCCGGUGCCCAAGCUCGGCAACGAAAACAGCACCAAGGAGGAGGUGGAGCACUUUUACAACUUCUGGUACAACUUUGACAGCUGGAGGACGUUUGAGUACCUCGACGAGGACGUGCCAGACGACAAUGAGAACCGCGACCAGAAGCGUCACGUGGAGCGCAAGAACCAGGCUGCCCGCCGCAAGAAGAAGACGGAGGACACUGCCCGUCUUCGGCACCUGGUGGACGACUGUCUCGCUCUCGACGAGCGUAUCAAAAAGUUCCGCCAGGCCGAGCACGCGCAGAAGAACAAGCGCCGGCUCGAAAAGGAGGCUGCCCUCAAGCGAGAGGCGGAAGAGGCCGAGAAGCGAAAGGCAGAGGAGGCCAAGGCGGCGGCUGAAAAGGAGGCGGCGGAGAAGGCGGCCAAAGCCGACUCGAAAAAGGCCAAGGAGGCAGCAAAGAACGCAGCAAAGAAGAACAAGCGUGUUGUGCGUGGGGCUGCCAAGGAUGCCAACUACUUCCACAGCGGCGGCGAGGCGCCGGCAGCUCAGGUGGAUGCGGCCCUGGCCGACGUGGACCUGAUCAUCACCAAGCAGGACCACGAGGAGCUGGCGGCGUUGACGGGCAAGCUCAACAACGUCAAGGACGCUGGCAAGAUCAAGGACAUUUUCCAGGAAGAGGCGCAGCGGCUCAUUGGCGCGGGCAAGCUCGCACCGGGCGAGCUGCGGGCGCUGUCGUGAGCAGGCCGAGUGCGGGACUAGACUAUGCGGGCGUGUUUUGACGAUAGACGAGUACAUGUAGACUUGUGCCUGACGGGAAUCAUGGUAUCCAUUCGCG